CGGGUGUCAGCUGAUCCUCCUUCACUGGCGAGUGAGGAGGAAAACCAGCUGAGGGAAAACACUGCUGGCUAGUUCAAAAACCAUGGCUGCAGAAAUUCAUUCGAGGCCCCAGACCGCUAGACCGGUGCUUUUGAACAAGAUCGAGGGGCACUCAGACUCUGUCAAUGCCGCCGUUUUAAUACCAAAAGAAGACGGGGUGAUUACGGUCAGCGAGGACAGAACCAUCCGGGUGUGGCUGAAGAGAGACAGCGGUCAGUACUGGCCAAGCAUCUACCACACAGUCUCCUCUCCAUGCUCCUGCAUGUCGUACCACCACGACAGCAGGCGCAUUUUCAUAGGCCAGGACAACGGAGCUGUUGUGGAGUUUCUCAUCUCCGAAGAUUUUAACAAGAUGAACCACGUCAAAACAUAUCCAGCCCACCAGAACCGUGUGUCAGACAUGGUGUUCUCCUUGGAGAGUGAGUGGGUGGUGAGCACCGGCCACGACAAGAGCGUGAGCUGGAUGUGCACCCAGAGUGGCAGCAUGCUGGGCAGACACUACUUCACCGCCUGGGCCUCCUGCCUACAAUACGACCACGAGACGCAGCACGCCUUCGUCGGCGAUUACUCAGGACAGAUCACGCUGCUGAAGCUGGAGAAGCAGACGUACUCCACCAUCACUACGCUGAAGGGUCACGAAGGUAGUAUAGGAGCCCUGUGGUGGGACCCCAUCCAGAGGCUGCUCUUCUCGGGGGCCUCAGACCACAGUGUCAUCAUGUGGGACAUCGGGGGCCGCAAGGGACGGACGCUGCUGUUGCAGGGACAUCACGAGCGCGUUCAGGCCGUGCGUUAUCUCCAGCUGACGAGGCAGUUGGUGACAUGCUCCGCCGACGGAGGCAUCGCAGUGUGGAACAUGGACACGCAACGAGAGGAGGCUCCUCAGUGGUUAGACAGCGACUCCUGUCAGAAGUGUGAGCAGCCUUUCUUCUGGAAUAUCAAACAGAUGUGGGACACCAAGACCCUCGGGCUCAGACAGCACCACUGCAGGAAGUGUGGCAAGGCUGUGUGUGGAAAAUGUAGCUCCAAACGCUCCUCGUUCCCAAUCAUGGGCUUCGAGUUCCCCGUGCGGGUGUGUGACGCCUGUUUUGACACCAUCAAAGAAGAAGAUCGAACACCGUUGGCCACGUUCCACGAGGGGAAGCACAACAUCGCCCACAUGGACAUGGACCCAUCCAGAGGCCUGAUGGUCACUUGUGGAAGCGAUCGCAUUGUUAAGAUCUGGGAUAUGACACAGGUGGUUGGCUGUAGCUUAGCAACAGGCUUCUCCCCGCGCUGAUUGGCCCAGCCCGCCACACAGUGCCCCCUCUCGCCUCAUGCUCCGCCUGCUCUUCCAGUGUCAUGGAAACCCCUCUGUACAGUACAUUUCCCCAUCACGCCUGGGACUUUCAGCUCGGCCUGCUCUCUGUGAGCGAGUGUGUGUGCGUGCGCAUGUGUGUGUGUGCGUGUGUGUGUGUGUGCGUGCGUGCGUGCGUGCGUGCGUGUGUGUGUGAGUGCGUGUGUGUGUGUGUGUCCACAUUCCUUUUGCUUCUCAAAACAAACUUCUCCUUAAUUUGACUAAUUGUCAGUCUGGCAGCAAAGUGCAUUGGACUGAUUUUUGAUUUUUGAACAGAACCCUAAGCACAAUGGUGCGUGUGCGUGUACACGUGUGCAUGUAUUGUAAUGGUGUCUCCUGUGGGAGGACUGGUAUUGAUAUAACUGUUUACAUUCAAUAUAUCUGAUGCUUCUUUUGACAAAGAUGGUUGUUGUUUUUUUUUAAAUUGCCCUUGCACUGUAAAGUUAAGUUUCACUAAAUCGCUGACUUCCCAUUCCUGUAAAAAGCGUCCUCCUGUUUUGCUAUGAGUGUGGCCCACUAGCUGCAUAUUAACCCACUGUAACUUAAACCCCCACUCAUGUGUAUAUAACACUGCAUCGCGUGUGUAGUAGACGCCAGAAUCGACUCCCACCCGUCAAAGUCACCCGCUCCGCUCUCUCUUUCUCAUUUCCUCUUCUCUUUCACUAGUUGGCCUUAAAUCGCUCUCAGGAGGUUUUACAUCAGUAGGUUGUCUGUAGUUGGGGCUCUGAGGAUGUCAGUGGUAACCGGUAUUAGUGUGUGAUCGCUGGCGCACGCCGGGAGAAUCGAUCCUCCUCCUUGAUGGAUGAGGGAGAUCUCUUGAUGGGCUCGAAGCCGCUGCCGUGGAGAUGGGAUUCAGAUGUUUGCGUGAUAGCGGCGACCCCUGCUCCCACCUCGUGACACCCAGGUGAGCCGCUGGGGGAAUUAGAAUGCGUCGCCAUGGUAACGAGCGCCGACAGUGGCAGCAUCCUGUCGCAGCUUUUCCCGAGGCGGCCACUCGGGGGUGGGGGCGAUUGUUGUGAUUCGUUCCAGUCUCCAACUUUAUGCUGGUAGAAAACAAGUAAAACAAAUAAGCACAGCAUCACCACCUUUCAGACACCUCUGAUUUCCUGUUUCAGAAACGUGUCUGUUAUGGUGCAAAAGAGAAAAAAAAAAAAAAAAAGGGGGGCAGAAAGGCCCUCGGGUAAUGACAGGUACUAAAUGUAGCACUGUAUGCUGGCAUGCUGAGUUGUCUCUAGCUAAACGAGGAGUCUGAUCAGGACUGUUUGUGCUCCUUCAAAAGCCUUAAAGAGAGAAGGACACGCUCACCAAGCCUUUUCCAGUGGUUCGCCCGUGCUUACGACUGUUCACUCAUUCUCUCGAGCCUUCAUCUUCACGUGUGCGCUUCCUUUACAUCAUGUGUUUCUUUUCCUUGCUCCUUUUGUUCUGUUUUCUGUCCCCAGUUCUCCUGCCGCCACAACCCCCCCCCCCCCACGCAUACACAUCUGUGCGUCUCGUCUCACAGCGCUCUCGGCACUGCACUGAAUUGCACAACUCUCCGUCCCCGUCUUUUGAAACGAUCGUUUUUUUGUAUGUUCCGAUGUGGGAGAGGUAAAAGCUGGAUUCGAUGUAGCGUCCUUGUAAAUAGCGGCUAAUAUCUCCUAACGUUAGACUAACGCUUGCCUUAUUGUAAGUGGAAAAAAAUGAUAAUGUUUGAUUUCACGAUGUAGUCACAUUCCAGUUUUUUGAUCAUGUAGUGUAUAUUUAUAUUUGUAGUAAAGUAUUUAUCACUGUAAAUUGUCGUUUUAUUUUAGCCCAUCUAGUAUUUUUUGUUUUUUAAUUUCCCUAGAACACUUGGAGCGCUCCAUCCGUGGAGGAGCACAUUCGUAGUGGGGAGUGUGUGGGAGGUCGUGUAGUGUUUUCCACGCUAACGCGAGUGGAGAUUGAUUAUUGGUUAAUUGAGUGAGAGCAGAGGUUGUCUUGUCUGCUAUUGUUUCCGUCCGUCGUGUUUAGAUGUCACUCAAUACUCAUACUUGGGGUUACACUGACACUAAAUGCAUUUGUCAGUAGCGAGUACUUCACACUUCUGUGAUGCUUAAAUUGAACCUUCCUUUCUGCCUCCAAAACCAGAUUUUUCUCGCCUUCAGUCGAUGUCAGUUUAUAUUUGUAUUUCAUUAUGGGCCGUGUUUCAACUGACACAGAGACCUCUGCGCGGUCAUUUUGUUAGUUUUCCGUCCGUCAGCACAUAUAUAAAGCCCUCCCAAACGAUUUAAUUGGCCUCUUUGCUGGAGUGUCAUCAGUUUCCAAUGGAGAGACUUGAGACUGGAAUGGUUUCUAGGUCAGGAAAUACCUGUAAGAACCGGGUGUUUUGCAUAAUGACACAGGAGAAGCACCGCUUUAAAGCAUGCUUUAAAUAUAUUAUGCAUAAAAGACCAAAUGUAUAAUUAAAGCUGCAUUAACUGAUAUUGACGUUGCCUUUCGUGGCCAACCAAACCGGUGAAUGUGCUAGCAAAACAUCACCAACACACUGAUGCCACAGAGUGACUUGGUCAGUUGUUAAAUUAAAAGCAUGCAUUGGAGGAAAACAACACUGUCUGUGAUAUGUAUGUGGCAUUUACGGCUGAAAACGGCAAAUUCUGAGGGGAUGGCUGCCAAGUGCUAGACGUGUUUACCAGCUGGAUGCUAACUCCGUCAGCUAUGUUGCGCUUUACACUCGCGAGUAUUAAAGACGCUGCUGCAAACGCGGAGCUGCGAGACUGAACCAAAGCCCGUAAAACCCUAACAGCGAGCCUUAAGACGUGAUGAUUAAUCAGUUGGGUGUAUUAUUACGGCAACUGAUUAAUGGUUAAUGCAGCUUAUAAAAUAUAUUUGCAUGUUUUUUUUUCCCCUCUUUUUACCUGUGUGUUCUUAGUCAGUCCUGGCGAGCUGAUCUGACAGUCUUACCCCAAAGUGUCACACAGAGUCACUCCGCAAAGCGCCAUCAGGGAUCUACAGGGUUAAAGGCUACAGUACAAUCAGGAGUCAGAGCUCUCCUUUCCUAUUUCAGUAAACUGGACACCCAAUCUCCAUCCAGUCAUUUCUCCUUAUCGCGUCCUUGUAAGACGGGCGCGGCAGGCGGACGGGACGCUAUAUACAGGAGGCAUGAUGGAUGUCGGGAUUGGCCGUUCACAGAGAGAGGUAAUGAAAUAGAUCUCCAGAUUGUGCGCCAGGAAGGAAGGGGUGGGUUCGUCACGUUGUAAAUGGUUUCUGUGUCUUUCGCCAGAUGGAACGGUUGCAGGAGUCAUUUAGUUUUUGUCAUCUUUAGUUCGACAGGACGCUAGGACGGAUGGCGGCCACGUGGUCGCCCACAGGCCACAGCGGCGUUUAAAAAGAGCUCGAACGCCGCGGCCCCGUGACCACAAACCCUGUCCGCCGAUUUGACUUUUUCUCUUCCGACUGCUUGUAUAAAACCCACUCUCUGUUCCUGCAGGAUGUUGUUAAUGUAUAUCUCCAAAUAACUGUAUUUUUAAACACUUUUGUUGACAUUACAGUACUGACUUUUAGUCUUCCUGUGCCCUCAGAUCUGAGCACAGCGAAGGAAAAAAGAUGCAUAAUAAAGAUAUUUGAUAUCUUCA